AUGUCUGGCCGAGGCAAACAGGGAGGCAAGGCGCGCGCGAAAGCGAAGUCGCGCUCGUCGCGCGCGGGCCUGCAGUUUCCUGUCGGCCGAGUGCACCGGCUGCUCCGGAAAGGUAACUAUUCUGAGCGUGUGGGUGCUGGUGCGCCUGUGUAUCUAGCAGCCGUGCUGGAGUACCUGACGGCUGAGAUCUUGGAGCUGGCGGGUAACGCGGCGCGUGACAACAAGAAGACUCGUAUUAUCCCGCGCCACCUGCAGUUGGCUAUCCGCAACGACGAAGAGCUCAACAAGCUGUUGGGCCGCGUGACCAUCGCGCAGGGCGGCGUCCUGCCCAACAUCCAGGCCGUGUUGCUGCCCAAGAAGACGGAGAGCCACCACAAGGCCAAGGGCAAGUGA